GUUCCUCACGCUGAGGACAAGGUUCCUCACGCUGAAGACAAGGUUCCCCACGCUGACGACAAGGUUCCUCACGCUGAGAACAAGAUUCCUCACGCUGAGGACAAGGUUUCUCACACUGAGGACAAGGUUCCUCACGCUGAGGACAAGGUUCCUCACGCUGAGAACAAGGUUCCUCACGCUGAGGACAAGGUUCCUCACGCUGAGGACAAGGUUCCUCACGCUGAGGACAAGGUUGCCCUCGGUGAGAACAAGGUUCCCCACGUUGAGGACAAGGUUCCCCACGCUGAGGAGAAAGUUCCUCACGCUGAGGAAAAGGUUCGUCACGCUGAGGACAAGGUUCCUCACGCUGAAGACAAGGUUCCUCACGCUGAGGACAAUGUUCCUCACGCUAACGACAAGGUUGCUCACGCUGAGGACAAGGUUCCUCACGCUGAGGAGAAAGUUCCUCACGCUGAGGACAAGGUUCUUCACGCUGAGGACAAGGUUCCUAACGCUGAGGACAAGGUUCCUCAAGCUGACGACAAGGUUGCUCACGCUGAGGACAAGGUUCCUCACGCUGAGGACAAGGUUCCUCACGCUGAGGACAAGGUUCCUCACGCUGAGGACAAGGUUGCCCUCGGUGAGAACAAGGUUCCCCACGUUGAGGACAAGGUUCCCCACGCUGAGGAGAAAGUUCCUCACGCUGAGGAAAAGGUUCGUCACGCUGAGGACAAGGUUCCUCACGCUGAAGACAAGGUUCCUCACGCUGAGGACAAGGUUCCUCACGCUGAGGACGGACAAGGUUCCUCACGCUGAGGAGAAGUUCCUCACGCUGAGGACAAGGUUCUUCACGCUGAGGACAAGGUUCCUAACGCUGAGGACAAGGUUCCUCAAGCUGACGACAAGGUUCUCACGCUGAGGACAAUGUUUAUCAUGCUGAGGACAAGGCUCCUGACGCUGAGGACAAGUUUCCCCACGCUGAGGACAAAAUUCCCCACGCUGAGGACAAGGUUCCUCACGCUGAGGACAAGGUUCCUCACGCUGACGACAAGGUUCCUCACGCUGAGGACAAGGUUACUCACGCUGAGGACAAGGUUCCUCACGCUGAAGACAAGGUUCCUCAAGCUGACGACAAGGUUCCUCACCCUGAGGACAAGGUUCUUCACGCUGAGGAUAAGGUUCUUCACGCUGAGGACAAGGUUCUUCACGCUGAGGACAAGGUUCUUCACGCUGAGGACAAGGUUCCUCACGCUGAGGACAAG